AUGGAGACACAAGGGUUCCUGGAGGGCGCGACCAUCGAGGUGGAUCAGAUCCACACUCACAUGCGCCCCCUGCUGAUGAUGCUGGGGGAUUACCGCAGCCUGACGCUCAACGUGGUGAACCGCCUCACCUCCGUCACACGCCUCUUCCCAAACUCUUUCAACGACAAGUUCUGUGAUCAGAUGAUGCAACACCUGAGAAAGUGGAUGGAGGUGGUGGUAAUAACACACAAGGGAGGCCAGCGCAGCGAUGGCAGUCCUGCGUUGGAGGGCGUUGAGGAGAUGAAGAUCUGUUCGGCCAUCAUUAACCUUUUCCACCUGAUCCCAGCGGCGCCUCAGACUCUGGUGAAGCCUCUGCUGGAGGUGGUCAUGAAGACAGAGAGGGCCAUGCUCAUCGAGGUAGGACACCAGUAUUAUCAUGAAAAUGAAUUUAAGGCCUUCAAGUGGUAUCUGCAGCGGCCUGGAGUCCUGGAAGGCGACCAAGCCAUUAAAGAGUCCAAGCUGGAGAAUGCAGAGAUGCGGGACACAGUGGAUCUGAUGGUGAACACCUACAAACUCCAUGGAGCACUCAAGCUGACCAAGAAGGUUUUAGAGAAGAUACCCAGAAAUGAUCUGGUGCAGAGGCUUUCAUAUGCCAGCUCAGGACCAGAAGUCUCAGAUGUUGGAGAGACUUCAGAGAGCAGAGGGACUACCUUCUUUCAGAGGGAAGAUGUGAUCGUUCCAGUACCAGAGCCACAGCCCAUCACAUAUUACCAAAACGUGCUUCAAUCACAUUUCCAGGACAAGUUUAUGUGCGCACAAGAAGGGUGGUCACAGAAAAAGGAUGAGCAACGUCUUGAUGAUAUCUACACAGAGCUGUACAUCACAGCUGGGGGGGACGUAAACAUCAACACACAGCAUGAGGUCAGGCAGAUCGAGGCGUUGGUGGUGAAGCCAGCAGGAACAGAGAAAACAAUUAAACACAGUGACAUGUUCAAAUCCCCCUGUGGAAGAUAUAAACCCAUAAGAACAGUACUGACCAUUGGCAUCGCAGGAAUUGGCAAAUCAUUCCUUGUACGCAAGUUUGUAUUGGACUGGGCUGAAGGAAGAACCAAUCAAGACAUACAUCUAAUUUUCCCUUUCAGCUUCCGCCAACUGAAUUUGUUUAAGGGAGAAAAGUUUAGUUUGGUAAAGCUCAUUCAGGAAUGCAUCCAGGAAACCAGAGACAUGAAGGAAGAAGCUCUGAAUCACAUCUUUACAACUCUGCAGUCAUCAGGAAACACCAACUAUGACAAGAGCAAGUUUAAACUUCUGUUUGUUUUGGAUGGACUGGAUGAGAGCCGCCUUGAUCUGAACUGCUCUACUAGUGAAUACGAGGCAGUUAACGUUGAUGUGACAGCGUCAAUGUCAGUGGAUUUGCUGUUGACAAAUCUCAUCAAGAAGAACCUGCUUCCCUCUGCUCGCCUCUGGGUAAGCACACGCCCUGCAGCAGCCAAUCAGAUCCAUUCUGAUUUUGUUGACAUGGAGACAGAGGUGAGAGGGUUUACUGAUUCACAGAAGGACGAGUACUUCAAGAAGAGAAUCAGAAAUGACGAGCAGGCCAGCAGAAUCAUCUCCCACAUCAAGACAUCACGAAGCCUCCACAUCAUGUGCCACAUCCCAGUCUUCUGCUGGAUCACUGCUACAGUUCUGGAGGAUAUGUUGAAAAGCAGAGGGCUGGGAGAGCUGCCAAAAACCCUGACUAAGAUGUAUGCAGAGUUCCUGAUGUUUCAGAUUCACCAGACAAAAAAGAAGUAUGACCACACCCAGUGCAUUCAAUACAUGAAGUCGUUGGCAAAACUUGCUUUCCGCCAGUUGGAAAAGGGAAACCUGAUCUUCUAUGAGAAAGAUCUCAAAGAGAGUGGCAUUGAUGUCAGCAGAGCCUCAGUGUGCUCUGGAGUUUUUACAGAAAUCUUCAAAGAGGAAUGUGGGAGGAAGCAUGAUGAAGGCACGAUGUUUAGCUUCGUCCAUCUCAGUGUGCAGGAGUUUUUUGCGGCUCUCUAUGUAGAGGGGUCAGUCAUUGACAGAAAAAAGAAUGUGAUGUGUGACCCAGGCCAAACAACUUGGGCAGUUGAGAAAAUAAGAAUGUCUUUCAGAAAAACAUCUUUGACAGAGGUUCACAGAUUUGCUAUUGACAAGGCCUUGCAGAGUGAAAAUGGACAUCUGGAUCUCUUCCUUCGAUUCCUCCUUGGUCUUUCACUGCCGGCCAAUCAGACUGUCCUGAGAGACCUUCUGAAUACGAAAAUAACCUCAACAACCGAUCAGGAAACGUCUGGAUACAUCAAGAAGAAGAUCAGUGAGAAUCUGUCUCCAGAGAGAAGCAUCAAUCUCUUUCAUUGUCUGAAUGAACUGAAUGAUCGUUCUCUAGUGGAUGAGAUCCAACAGUUCCUGAGUUCAGGAAGUCUCUCCACAGAUAAGCUGUCUCCUGCUCAGUGGUCAGCUCUGGUCUUCAUCACACUUUCAUCAGAAUGUGAUCUAGAAGUGUUUGACCUGAAGAAAUAUUGUGCUUCAGAGGAGGCACUUGUGAGGCUGCUGCCAGUUGUCAAAGCCUCCGGAAAAGCUCUGUAA